CUCGUUUCAUUAUCAACUACAGCGACACUUUAACGGUCUACCCCUCCAUCACCAUGAAGUUUUCAAUCACCGCCAAAGGCCUUUGUCUUCUGUUGUGGAUGGUUGCCUUCCUCCACGAAGGCCAAGCACAAAUCUGUCCGCUCGGAUGCACUCCACAGUACGAGUUAAUAACUGAGUCAUGCAGAAAAUUGAUCUUUUUUCGGAGACGGUGUACAAGAACCAUACUGAAAUGCAAUUGUGAAACAACAACAACAACAACAACAACAACAACGACCGUGGACCCUGAUACAUUCCUAAGAAAUAUAUGUCUAAACAGGCCACGUGAUGUGUUUCACCUAGCAGAUCCACGAGACGAAACUAAGUUUGUUCAAUGUGAUGCGUUCAACGUUGCCUAUUUAAGGUCCUGUGGUAUAGGUAGAGUUUGGAGUGUCACUUUUAGAACAUGCGUGCGUCAGUAGAACUGGAUAGAGGACUGUUUCAUUGAUUGGUGUAUUUUCUAAAUACAGCAUUUUUAGAUUUUACUAAACUUCUAGAAAUAUGAUAAUCUCAUUAUUUCAUGUCGUAAUUGUACGCCAGAGCCUAUUGUAGCCUGGUUAGUAUACAUUGUCGUUCUAGUACAAUUCAUUAUUUAGCUAAGUACACAUAUUCUGUAAUGCAAAACUUAAUAUUGCUUCAAUGGAACAUUGUGGGAUGUUCAGUUAUAUACCAAUGGUGUAUGGUACCUGACAACAGUGGACUUUCCUACGAUACAGUUGUACAUAAACCAAUGGUGUAUGGUACCUGACAACAGUGGACUUUCCCACGAUACAGUUGUACAUAUACCAAUGGUGUAUGGUACCUGACAACAGUGGACUUUCUUACGAUACAGGCGUUCAUACUUUUGUCUUAGGUAUAUUUUCCAUCAUUAAACUGUCAC